ACAGAUCAGUUCCGGCCAGCCUCGAGGCUCACAGGGUUUAUGGUCACUGACUUAAUUGAGCCAGGGAGCACGGAAGUGCCGCCACUGUGCAACUUAGGUUUUCUUUAUCCUGCAGUUUUUACCUCAGUAGAGCUGCACACCAGAGACUCGCUCCAGCUGUUCGUGUGUGGCUCUCUCAAGAGCAAGCUGUGGGUCUGUGAGUGUUUAUGUGUGCUUUUAGUCACUUCACACUUACUGAAAAGUGUGUAUGUGAGAGGGUGGGGUGUGUGUGUCAAAGAGAGUGAGGAAGAGAAGGAGAGAGAGAUCAAUUGAUUCUGCAGCCUCAGCUCCAGCAUCCCUCAGUUGGGAGCUUCUGUAGCCAGGUGAUCACUUGGGGUGCAUAGCUCGGAGAUGCAGUCCCCCUGGAAAAUCCUUACGGUGGCACCUCUAUUCUUGCUCCUGUCUCUUCAGUCCUCGGCCUCUCCAGCCUACGAUGACUCGUCCAGGCCCAGAGACUCGAAUGGGCACACCUGUGUAGGGUGUGUGCUAGUGGUGUCUGUGAUUGAACAGCUCGCUCAAGUUCACAACUCGACGGUCCAGGCCUCGAUGGAGAGACUUUGCAGCUACCUGCCUGAAAAACUGUUCUUGAAAACCACCUGCUAUUUAGUCAUUGACAAGUUUGGAUCAGACAUCAUAAAACUGCUUAGCGCAGAUAUGAAUGCGGAUGUGGUAUGUCACACUCUGGAGUUUUGUAAACAGAACACUGGCCAACCAUUGUGUCAUCUCUACCCUCUUCCCAAGGAGACAUGGAAAUUUACACUAGAGAAGGCAAGACAAAUUGUCAAGAAGUCCCCAGUUCCGAAAUAUUCUAGAAGUGGUUCUGACAUUUGUUCACUCCCGCUUUUGGCCAAGAUCUGCCAGAAAAUUAAAUUAGCUAUAGAACAGUCUGUGCCAUUCAAAGAUGUAGAUUCAGACAAAUACAGCGUUUUCCCGACCCUGCGGGGCUAUCACUGGCGGGGGAGAGACUGUAAUGACAGCGACCAGUCGGUGUACCCAGGUAGAAGGCCAGACAACUGGGAUGUCCAUCAGGAUUCAAACUGUAAUGGCAUUUGGGGUAUUGAUCCAAAAGAUGGCAUUCCAUAUGAGAAGAAAUUCUGUGAAGGUUCACAGCCCAGGGGAAUCAUUUUGCUGGGAGACUCAGCUGGGGCUCAUUUUCACAUCUCUCCUGAAUGGAUCACAGCGUCGCAGAUGUCUUUGAACUCUUUCAUCAAUCUACCAACAGCCCUUACCGAUGAGCUCGACUGGCCCCAACUCUCUGGUGUUACAGGAUUUCUGGACUCCACUGUUGGGAUUAAAGAAAAAUCUAUUUACCUUCGCUUAUGGAAAAGAAACCACUGUAAUCACAGGGACUACCAGAAUAUUUCAAGAAAUGGUGCAUCUUCCCGAAACCUGAAAAAAUUUAUAGAAAGCUUGUCUAGAAACAAGAUGUUGGACUAUCCCGCCAUCGUUAUAUAUGCCAUGAUUGGAAAUGAUGUCUGCAAUGGGAAGAGUGACCCAGUCCCAGCCAUGACCACUCCUGAGAAACUCUACUCCAACGUCAUGCAGACUCUGAAGCAUCUAAAUUCCCACCUGCCCGAUGGCAGCCAUGUUAUUUUGUAUGGCUUACCAGAUGGAACCUUUCUCUGGGAUAAUUUGCACAACAGAUAUCAUCCUCUCGGCCGGCUAAAUAAAGACGUGACCUAUGCGCACUUGUACUCCUUCCUGAACUGCCUCCAGGUCAGCCCCUGCCACGGCUGGAUGUCUUCCAACAAGACGUUGAGGACUCUCACUUCAGAGAGAGCAGAGCAACUCUCCAACACACUGAAAAAAAUUGCAACCAGUGAGAAAUUUACAAACUUCGAUCUUUUCUACAUGGAUUUUGCCUUCCAUGAAAUCAUACAGGAGUGGCACAAGAGAGGCGGACAGCCCUGGCAGCUCAUUGAGCCCGUGGAUGGAUUCCACCCCAACGAGAGAAAGAGCGUCUUCCUCAAAGGCAUGUUAAUGACAAGCCAAACACUGGACAACCAAGAAUGGACCCAGCUAACAUCAUGGAUAAAGGGAAACCUGACAUGCGACAGCAGAACCAGGGAGUGGCUUUGCUGUUGUUUGCAGAUCGUUUCUGGGAGAAGGUGCAGCUCCAGUGGCCCCAAAUCCUGGGAAAGGAGAAUCCAUUCAACCCCCAGAUUAAACAGGUGUUUGGAGACCAAGGCGGGCACUGAGCCUCUCAGGAGCAUGCACCCCUGGGGAGCACAGGGAGGCAGAGGCUUGGGUAAACUCAUGCCACAAACCCUGUGGGGGCUGCUACGUCACAGGCCCAAAGGAGUCUCCUUAAGCAGCAUCUUUGCAAAAUGUCUUUCUCUCAACGAAGAGCAUAUCUGUAUGACUGUGCAACUCUGUAUGCUCCUGGGAUCAGUAACCCUUCCAUUGUUCCUGAAAUAACCUUUAAUAAAGUGCUUUGGGUGCUAUUCCAAGCAAGAGAGUAUCUGUGCCCUUUACAGCUAAUUGUUCUAAAAGGAGUUUCUAAAAACA